UCGUUCUUUGAGGCUUUCAAUCAGCAGCUACACUUCAAUAACCGAGGAUGAUGAUAGUAGACGAUCAAAAUACUCAAAAGGAAGCAGACAUUCCAGGUGGAAAUGAAAAAAAAAAUGAUGAGCUGAUAAUUGAAAUUAGAAAAAUGGUCGAGAGGCCGGAGAUUGAACCAUCAAAACAAUGCCGUAUCUACAAGGUCCCGAACCCGCUCCGAAAAGGGAAUGAAGAAGCCUACACUCCUCAGGUAGUUUCAAUUGGCCCUUUUCACCACAAAAACGAAAGAUUGAAAGCCAUGGAAGAGCAUAAAGAGAGAUACUUCAGGAGUUUUUUGCAACGGAGUAAGAAAAAGUUGGAGGAUUUAGUAGGCGUAAUAAGGGACAUGGAAGAAAGCAUUCGCGGGUGCUAUGAAGAAACUAUUGACCUUAACAGUGAUAGGUUCGUGAAAAUGAUACUGCUGGAUGCCAUCUUCAUUAUUGAGCUUUUCAUCAGAAAAAUUUUAAUAAGUCAGAUAAGUGAUGAUCCUAAUGUUGUGGAUCCAAGGUCUACUUUUUUGAAGGUUGACUUACUAUUACUUGAAAAUCAGCUUCCAUUUUUUGUUAUUGAGAAACUAUACGACCUUGCAAUUCCAUCUCCCUCUGAUUACGGUUUUCGUGAGCUUUCUAUUGACUACUUUACGUACCUCAAUUUGCAGUUCAUACAGACCACUCCCAAUGUGGAAAUAGAACACUUCACUGGUCUUAUUAGAACCCUUCUGCUACCUCCACUCGAGAAGCUACCAAAAAGAGACAGUGAACUGCUUACACAUUUGUACUCUGCAACAAAGCUCCAUGCGGCAGGAGUAAAGUUCGAGGCUGUUACAAGUACAUGGUAUUUUGACAUAAAAUUUGAAAAAGGAGUGUUGAAAUUCCCAAAAUUUGAAAUAGAGGACAAGACGGAAGUAAUUUCUCGAAACAUUAUGGCAUUAGAGCAAACUCGCUAUAUAGAAAAUGCAUACUAUACAGAUUACUUUAUGUUGUUGGAUUUUCUCAUCAAUACUACCGAAGAUGUGAAUUUGCUUUGUGAUGAAAAAAUCUUGGAUAAUAUUCUAGGUGACAACGAUGGAGUAAAAUCUAUGAUUAACAAUCUUAACAAAGGUGUCAUAGGGAGUAGGGGUACUAGCGUAUCUCCACUCUAA